AUGGUAAACGUCUUCCAACGCCUCACCAGACGGGCAACGACCAGUUCCAGCAGUACCGUGCCUGAUCCCGGUAUCAAUGGCCAUAACAUUUCCUCGCGAUCCCAUGAACUGCAUCGGACUACAAGUGGGAAUUCCUGGAAGCGCAAUCAGCGCUCAACCGUUGACGAACCCUCGCCACGACAUCUGAUAUUGAUCUCGGACAAUGCUACGUUCGACCCGCAUAUUAUUCAGCGCUUUCAGACGGAGGGGUUUGAUGUGAAUUAUCUCGGAUUUGUGUGUACGGAUGAUGCGGAGAAGGAUCGCAAGGCUUUGGAAUUUGCGGUGCAUGAGAAGGAGGAUGAAUUGGAGGCGGGGGAGAGAUAUGCUAUAGUUGCAUAUAAUCGUCCGGCAUACUAUCUUCUCGGCUCUCACCAUCUCGCAGCAAGCAAAACCAAUCCCUUCCCUCGUCUCUGCGCCCUAAUCGCCUACUACCCACUAACAUCAACCGAACAUCUCGCCAGCAUAUCCGCAGCCCACAACUCAGAAAGCUGCACCCCAGCCUGCUCAGACACAGGUUCCAUAUUCGACCCCCGCCUUUCCGAGCCCUACCUGCCCAUUCAAAUCCACCUCCCAGGCUACAACCCCAACUCCCGCACCUUCUGGCCGUGGAUCGGCAUCAGCCCUUCUGAAGGCGACGUCUCAUAUAAAAAACGACACCACUGUCACGUAUACACCUACCCUGACGCACGCGCAGGCUUCGCAGAACACAGGCCAUCAAACUAUAGCAUCAAGGAUAACGGCCCGCACGACGAUGACCGGAUUGGGUCGCAGCUAGCGUGGAGCCGGGCGUUGGGGUGCUUGCGGCUUGCGUUUGGGGCGGGGAGUAAUUGGCCUGUGGUCGAUAUUGAGACUAUUUGGGAGGAGUAUUGGGUGCGGUUGAUGGGGGAUUUGGAUGGGGUUAAGAAUGAGCGGGUGCAGAGGGGACAUGGUUCAGCGAUGGAGGUUGUGUUGAGACGGGGAGAUGAUCGGAUCUGUCAGGGUGGCGGGGGAUCGAGUUUGCAUGAUGAGCAGGAUGCGAAGGUGGUUUGUGCGCCUACUAAGGCUGGAGGAUCUACUCCGGAGGAUUUGAGAACGUUCUUCACGGACGUCUUUAUUCCGGCUGGUCCGCCGAGCCAGCAUAUUCGUCUCUUGUCACGGACGGUUGGUGCUGAUCGGAUCGUGGACGAGAUGCUAAUCACGUUCUGCCAUAGCAAGGAAGUGCCAUGGCUCCUUCCCCGAGUGCCGCCGACGAAUCGUGAUAUUCAGGUGGUUGUCGUGGUGGUGGCUAGUUUCUUUGCUGACCGAAUUGUCCAUCAAAGCUUGUAUUGGGACCAGGCAGAUGUACUUGUGCAGGCAGGAUUGUUAGACCCGGAUCUCGUGCCUAAGGUGAAUACGAGGAAGUAA